AUGCCGGUCUGUCGCCGCACCCCACCCUCUCGGCGCAAAGUCAACGACUGGCUCAUCAAGCAUUCAUUCAAUGUGACGUCGCAAGGCGGCGAAGAUGGUGUGAUUGAAAAGGUGUUUUCCGUGAUUGGAGCACACGAAACCACAACUGGGGAGUGUCCCGAUGCCCGAUGGUGCGUGGAGUUUGGUGCGUGGGACGGCAAACACUUGUCCAACACGUGGAAGCUCCUCUAUCAAGAGAACUGGCACGGUGUUCUCAUUGAAGCGGACAAAACUCGAUGCGACCAAAUGGCAAAUAUGUAUGCCAACCAUUCGCGCGUGCAGGUGAUCCACGCGUUCGUCACGUUCGAGGGUCCCAUGUCCCUCGACGAAAUCCUCCAACGAGCCAACGCGCCGACCCGCGUGGACUUGAUCUCAAUUGAUAUAGACGGCGCGGACUAUCACAUCUGGGAUAGCUUGCAUGCCAUCCAUCCCAAGGUUGUCGUGAUCGAAUUCAACCCGACCAUCCCGAACAACGUCGUGUACAUCCAAGACAAAGACAUGUCUGUGUACCACGGAUCGUCCCUGGCCGCGCUUGUCGAGCUAGGCAAGUCCAAAGGGUACGAGUUGGUGAGCACGACUACAUUCAACGGGGUGUUCGUGCAACAGCAGUACUUUCCACUCUUCAACAUGGACGACAACUCGAUCGACACGAUGCACGAUGUUCCCAUGCCGACAGAGCUCUUUCAGCUGUACGACGGAACACUCAAGAUCACAGGUGUGAAGAAGCUCAUCUGGAAACAGCAGCCCAUCGCGGAAAAGGACAUUCAAGUGCUGUCUACUGCCCAGAGGCGCUUUCCUUUCAUUCCCCCUGAUAUCGAGCAUGACAUUGCGUGUGCCGAAGCGAUGUUUCUCGAAGCAACAAAAAAUAGCCACAACCAACUGGACACAGCCAAGCACUUUCUCGACCUAGUCCAACGCUGGAGUGCCCACUGCACGUACCCAAACGAAGACAUUCGUCGCUUUGCAGGGUAUGCGAUAACGUUGGCCCGAGGAGAUUCGUCCGUGGCGGGCGGUCUAUUUGCUUUUUACACCCAAACCGCUGAAGUCCACUUGAAUGCAAAUGCCCCCCAACACGCCAUUCAAUGGCUCAAGCAAGCGCUGUACCUUCCGAUAGUCGUGCAUGAGAGCCUGGACCAAAGAGCCCAAUUGUUCACGCGCCUCGGAGACGCCUACAUUCGAGCACAUCGAUACGACAAAGCUGAAUUCUGGCUCCAAACCGCAUUGGCAUUGCAGCCAAACUGCAAAGUCACGUUAAAAGCCAUGGCAAAAUUGUACACAAAGCAAGGAAACAUCGACGGCCAGGAAAAAACAGUCGACUUGCUUCGUCAGAUCGAGCGGGACUAA